CUGUUUAUUAGUUUCUUUAUCACAAAGUUCUACUCUCUCCUUUGUGGUUAAAGAGUGCCUUGGAGGAAGAGUCUUUGAAGCUAUGGGUGUUAGUGGCACGAGCCUUUAAUCCCCAGCACUUGGGCAGCAGAAGCAGGCAGAUCUCUGUGAAUUUGAGGCCAGCCUGGUCUACAGAGAGAGAGAGAGUUCUAGGACAGCUAUGGCUACAGAGAAGAAACCCUGUCUUGAAAAAACAUAAAUAAAUGAAUGAAUAAAUGAAUAGAUAGGCUUUUUCCGCUGGGGCAGCCAUCUUCCAGUAACUCGCCAAAAUGACGAACACUAAAGGAAAGAGGAGAGGUACUCGGUAUAUGUUCUCUAGACCUUUUAGGAAACAUGGAGUCGUUCCUUUGGCCACAUACAUGCGAAUCUAUAAGAAGGGUGAUAUUGUAGACAUCAAGGGAAUGGGCACUGUUCAAAAAGGAAUGCCCCAUAAGUGUUACCACGGCAAAACCGGAAGAGUCUACAAUGUCACCCAGCAUGCCGUGGGCAUCAUUGUAAACAAGCAAGUUAAAGGCAAGAUUCUGGCCAAGAGGAUCAAUGUGCGGACUGAGCACAUCAAGCACUGGAAGAGCAGAGACAGCUUCCUGAAGCGGGUGAAGGAGAAUGAUCAGAAGAAAGAGGAAGCCAAAGAGAAGGGCACCUGGGUUCAGCUGAAGCGCCAGCCUGCGCCACGCAGAGAAGCCCACUUUGUGAGGACUAAAGGAAAGGAGCCUGAGCUGCUGGAGCCCAUUCCAUUCAAAUUCAUAGCCUAAUGUACACAAAGGAAAUAAAGAACC